AUAGCGGACAAGCCACUCACGCGUCUCCAUCCUUCUCCAGGCCACUACUACGACUGACAGAAGCCACAAGCUCCAUGCGCCUUUUCGCAGGUGGUUCAUACUUUCUGAUCGGCUGAGUCCUCUGUUGCUGCUGCUGCUGCUGCUGUUGUUGUUGUCUGGGUCGCGGCGGCAUGCUGGUAGUCAAAAGUCAAGCUGGUCAAGAACGGGCGCCAUGCGUGACGUUCGGUGAUCUGCCCGUCAUUCGUCCUUCCCAUGAUCUACUGCGAUCCGGACUCUGGUGCCUGCUAUCUCUACCCGCUCGAUGAGAUGACCAUCGACCUCGCUGCCGCGAAGACCCUCGAGGUCACUGCGACACCUCUCAAGCCCGGGGACGUUCCCCUACGCGAGGGUCCUCCGACGCGUGAGGAGCUCCUCGUCCAUUAUCCGGCGCGAUUUACCUGGCAACAGCUGAAAUGCUUCGUCAACUCUGGGUGAGCGAUUCCACUGUGUGCGUUAGAAAUCGAGGAUGCUGACUACCUAGAACAAAGCGAUUUGGGCCUGUUGAAGCGGGACAAGGCGCUCCAGAAGCGGUAUGAUGCCUGGGCAGUAGGGAUUAGAGCAAAGUAUGGAUCUAUGGGUGCGUAACUUCUAGCCG